GCAGUGUAGAAAUUGCCUAUAUAAAGUCGUUGACACACCACACCCACAACUGAUUUCUCCCCGCCCAUCUAGCCUCGUGUCGCUCGGUUGCGGAGGAAGAAGAAAGUGGGCAAAAAAAAUGGGAGAUGAAGGCUCUAAACCGUUGCUGAGAGAUCGCAACAAAACGUUUGGGCGACUAAAAUCGCACGCAUUCGACGAGCUGCAGAGCUUCAGGUCCUGGCUGAAAUGGAUGUGCGUCGAUCAGUCCGACCCCUGGUCCACCGCCCUCUCCUGGACCGUCUUCCUUCUCAUGACCGUCGUUGUCCCUUGUUUCUCCCAUUUCUUCCUCGCCUGCGCCGACUGCGACGCCCGCCACAGCAGGCCUUACGACACCGUGGUUCAGCUCUCCCUGAGCAGCGUCGCCGCCCUCUCCUUCGUCUCCCUCUCCACCUUCGUGCGCAAAUACGGCCUCCGCAGGUUCCUGUUCUUCGACAAGCUGUGCGACGAGAGCGAGGCUGUGAGGCAGUGGUACACUGGACAGCUCGAUAGAUCACUCUAUGUCCUUCUCAUAUUCGUGAUGCCAUGUCUUGGUGCUGAAGGGGCAUACAAGAUAUGGUGGUACAGCUCAGGUGGGACCCAAAUCCCAUUCCUGGGGAAUGCUGUGGUGAGUGAUGCGGUUGCCUGCACUCUGGAGUUGUGUUCAUGGCUUUACAGGACAGCAGUUUUCUUCCUGGUCUGUGUUUUGUUUCGUCUUAUUUGCUACCUCCAAAUUUUGAGGCUACAAGAUUUUGCUAAGGUGUUCCAUCAGGACUCCAAUGUAGAGUGUGUGCUGAGGGAGCACCUGAGGAUCAGGCGCUACUUGCGGAUUAUAAGUCACAGAUACCGUGCUUUCAUCUUAUGGGCAUUGAUAUUCAUUACAGCUAGUCAAUUUGCAUCUCUUCUCGUCACUACACGUGCCAUUGCAGAUCUCCAUAUCUACAAGAGUGGUGAACUUGCGCUCUGCUCACUCAGCCUUCUCGCGGGCCUCAUGAUACUACUGAGAAGUGCAACGAGGAUUACGCACAAGGCACAGGGUGUGACGUGCCUUGCCGCUAAGUGGCACGUUUGUGCCACAAUGGACUCGUUCGAUUCGGUUGAUGGUGAGACUCCUCGGGUCGGUGUUGCAGCUGCUCCAGCUAUCAACUCUUUUGCCACCCCUGCAUGUAUUGGUAGUAAUGUCGAUGGAUCUUCUGACACCGAUGAUGUUGGCGAUGAAGAAGAUGAGCUGGACAAUACCAACUUUCUUCACUCAUACGCCUACAGUACAAUUUCAUUCCAAAAAAGACAAGCAUUGGUUACCUACUUUGAGAACAAUAGAGCAGGCAUAACUAUUUAUGGGUUCAUGUUAGACCGGACAUCGCUUCACACAAUAUUUGGUAUAGAGAUGUCACUGGUGCUCUGGUUGCUAGGCAAAACAGUUGGCAUUUCUUGAGUUCCUGAUGGUUUGGCGCUACUGCACUGACAAAUGUAAAGAAGCUAGCAAUGUGACUUCUUCUGCAAAUACAUGAUCUAUCAAUGGUGAAAGAAGAGGUGCCCAUUCAGUUUCUUUUAUGAUAAAUAGGAGGUGGAGGAGCUUGGCAAUGUAAAAUGGCUAUUCUAUAAUACGGAGUAUAUAUUCACCAACUUGUUGAUUCUUACACUUGGCUGUAGCUCUGUAAACAUAUUACCAUCCCUUGUGUUUAUUAUUAAUUAAUUAAUUUAUUCAUUUACUUACUCAUGUAUUUAUUUAUGGCAUCUUCUUUUCAUUGCC